UGGUGUUGAAAUCAGUGAUUUUCUUUUAUAAAUAAAACCACUUUGGCCAGUUAUAAAAAUAAAUAGGGACUUUGAAAACAUCCUAUAUAAAUAUAACGUAAGAGUGCGUCAAUUACUUUCGUGAUAGCAUUUAAAAGGAACUGUCAGUUGUGUUGAGAUUAAAUGCACGUAACGCAUUUCGUCAUGUUUACCUUUUUCAUAAAUAUAAACAAAAUAGUGAAAGUAUAUUGCUGACUAAUAAUUAUACAAAUAUUACGAUACGGUUUCUCAACAAGGGGAUUCACAAAAAAUGCGUUGUUAUAUCGGGAAUGAUGGUCGUUGAUCGAUGCCUAUGUUUAUCAACUAAUUUUAAUGAACAGACGAAAUUGCAGACGUAAAGAUUUAUUUACGAGCAAUGAUACUUUUCUGAUAAUACUAAACUACUAAAAUAUGUAACGAUCUAACCUAAUGUAAACAUCUUAUGAAAAUUAUUAAUCUAAUUAUUUUUCAUUGUGAAACACUUUUUUUACACUACAUCUGUAAUAUUCCCUUCUCCGUGAUGUAAAUACAUAACAUUUACGUUUAUUCCUUGUAUAUUAUCUUAACUUAUGCAGAAGAUCGAAAUUGCAAUUAUAACUUUAGUGACUGUUAAAUUGUGUAACUGAUACUGCUCUAUUAUGAGUGAUAUGGAUCAUUCAGAGAACUUGGAUGACGAUAAACAUAGUUCAUAUUAUGCAUUACGAGUUGCAUUAAAAACCAUGAAAGAACGUUGUCGACAAUUAGAAACAAGGUUAACUAUCGUCGAAGAAGAAAAUAUGUGUUUGAAGAUUGAAUGUGCUAAAAAUGAGUCUACAGCAAUUGUGAAAGUCAAUGAUAAUAAUGAGAAAACUAUUGUACAAAACUUAAAGGAAGAAGUAGAAGAGCUUACGAAACAGAAGUCUCAACUCACUCAUCAAAUUUUUAUGGUAGCAGCAGAAAAUCGCCAAUUAUGGAAAAGAUUAACAAAAUUAACAAGAACAAAUAAAUCAUUAGGAAGCCAAUUAACGAAAAUCUCUGAUACACUUAAACAACAUUCUCCAGCUCAACCAUCUGAGAUUGUGUCCUAUAAUUUUGAUGGUGUUUCUCAUACCACAAAACAGGAAGAUGGUGGAAGGGAACAGAGUUUAGAGGAAAUAUCAUUAAGGCUUAUAAAUAGCAUUAUGUUAGAAAAGUCUGAUCUUGAACAACAAUAUGCAGAGAUGGUUGAACUACAAAACAAUACUGAAUUCAAUUUACAAAAUAUUGGUUUCACUUACCCAGAGGAUUCGGAUACAGAUUUGGAAUUACUCAAACAACAUGAUGUUAGAUUGACUCAAAUGAGAAAUACUUUAUUAGCGCAACAAACUAAAUUAAAAAGAGCACUGCAGCAUUUUAAAAAAAUGAAAGAAGGUAAGUACAAUAUAGCAAGCAAGUGUUUAUUACCCACACAACGAAGUAUUGUCAACCAAAAUAGAAAUAUUAACUUUACAGGAGCUAUGUGUAAUAUUUGUCGCAUGAACGCAAAUAAAAAAAUGUGCCAAACAGGCACACAAUUUGAUUCUGAUGAAAGUUUUAAAGAACAUGGCGCAACUCAAACCAGCCUACAAACGUCGAGUUUAUGUUUAGACAAAUGUUCCAACUCCACGGAUAAUACAGAACAAGUCAAUAGAAUUUGUCCAUUAUGUGGAUUAUUUUAUGGGAAAGCUACUUUGUUUAUAGAAUUUCAUGAACAUGUGUUAAGUCACUUUAGUAAAGACGCAUCAAGCAGUUUUGAAAUUGUUCACUAAUAAUUGUUGAAGAUACGGGUACUUGUUAUGAUUUUGUAAUUUCAAUUUCUUUGCAAAUUUUGCAUAUAUGCUAUUUUAAAAACAGAUAGGACAUAUAAAUAGUAUACAUAUUAUCUGAAAGUGGGGUAACUAGGCCAGGGUUAGAAGUGUUAUCGAUUACUGAAUUUUAUAAGCUAUUGAUCUAAAUAGUAUUUACGGGUAGCAAAUAAUCAUCAUACAUGGAAAUGCAAUUUGAAUAAAGAGAGUUAAUAUACAAAUAGUGAAUACGAUUGUUUAUGAAAACAGAGAAGUACAAUAUUGUGAAGUUACCUGCAAUUGUAAUAGUAAAUUUAAACAAUAUAUCAAUUAUUCUUUUAA